AUGCUAAAAAAUUUUCAAAUGUCAAGUUCUUCGAUAUAUUCAAUGUCGCGCAAGAAAAAUGCGACAACAAAGUCGUUUUUGGCAGCACCCCGAUCUCGGAUCUAUCACUCUUCUUUUAGCACUAUGGACCUGCCAAACUAUACAGUAGUGAACUACGCUGCAUUCAACUAUGCUGGCUUUGCUUGCAUAGCUAUCGUUGUUUUCCUCACGUCCACACAACCGUUCUAUAUCAAAGAGGUUAUUGGAAUUGAGCCUAAACCAGGAAGUUCCAAAGACUCUAAAAUUGGUCACAUAGUUGGUGGCUUGGGGUUUUUUGAUGAAAUUGUGUCAAUGUCUACGGCUCCACUACUCGGAUCCCUUAACGAUCAGUUGUCUUCACUGGGAUUUGCUGGUGCGAGGGUAAUCCAAAGUUUCAGUUUCGUUGUUAUUGCAUUGGCCUUGCUUGGGUAUGCAUUGAAUCGUAAUUUGAUUCCUAUGAUGUUUAUUCUUAGGGGAGUGUUUGCUUUCGGGGUGACUGGGUGCAUGAGUAUGGUGACGGUGAUGUUGAACCAGCUUUCAAUGUCCAAUUUUGAAUUUGCAAAGUUGUGGGGGGCACAACAUGGGCACCUAGAAGAGGGGGUGACACCUCGCAGGAAUGGUAAGCUUGCUGCAGUGAUGGGGGUUGCAACAGGUCUAGGGGCAAUCUUUUCAGUCUCCACAUUAGUCACAUUGCCCGUGAAGUUUGCUGAAUUGUCGGACUUGAAAUCAGGUCUUAAAAGUUCCUACAUUGUGGUUAUGGUAUUUGCUUUGGUAUCCUUUGCAAUACUUUUUGCAUUCCUAUAUAAACCCCAAGAGCAAGCACGCGAAUCACGCCAGUUUCUCAAAGAAGGAAUAAACUUUGCUAAAAGCAGCAAGGAAGCACAGUUAGCUUUUGUUGGAGCAUUUGUGGCGAGAUCGACCACUGUUGCCACCACUCUCUACAUCCCUUUGGUGGUUUACAACUGGUACUACAAUAUUGGCGAGUGCAAGUCAAAAGACAACUGGGCUGGUAAAUUGACUUGUUAUGAUGGCUACAUCUUUUCAGCAAUAUUGACAGGUGUGGCACAAACAGUUGCACUUGUUUCUGCGCCUUUUUGGGGGUAUUUAGGUGAUUCAUGCAGAGUCGGCAAGUUUCGUACUCUUACAUUUGCGGGAUUGCUUGGUGUUGUGGGAAACUUUGGGUUGAGUUUGGUUACCACCAAGACAAAUUAUAAUCCCAAGACUGUUUGGUGUUUUGUAAACGUGAGUAUAAUUGGUUUGUCACAAAUUGGGUUGAUUAUUAGCAGUAUGAGUAUCUUGAGUGGUAUAGAAGAAGCCCAUCAAAUAAUGGGCUCACUAAGCGGCCUUUAUAGCUUUGCCGGAGGCUUGGGUAUCAUGAUUAUUACACUAGUGGGUGGGUUAAUAGCAGAUGUGUGGAUCUUGGGACCCUUUUUUAUCUUAGGAGCAUUCAAUGUUGUAUUGUUGGUAGUGUGUCUUAGAAGGGAUAAGCUGAUGAGACUCGAGGGGGGAGAGAGAUUGGUGGAAUGA